AAAAGCUAAACGAGUGUGUCAUUACUUCGUCGUUUAGCUUCCGGGGACGAGAAUCAGCGAGAGCUUUGAUUCAGUCGUUAAUCUGUUCCGAUCUCGUGUUCCGUAACGAAAUUACAAUCUUGAAAGUUUCGAUCUUUGAGCUCUCUAACUAAGAUUAAAGCCCUUUCCUUUCGAUCUGUUGUCUGAAAAUUCUGAUAGCUUUGAAUCUCAGUCCUACUGCUUUAAACGUAGCUUGUGAUUUGUGACAACUGUCGUGUGAGUUUUCUUAAAAGAGAGGUCAGAAGCAGAAGCAAUGAUUGGGUUGUUUAAAGUAAAGGAAAAGCAAAGAGAACAAGCUCAGAACGCUAGUAGAGGAGGAGGAGCUUCUGUUAAGAAGCAAUCUGCUGGUGAACUUCGUCUUCACAAAGAUAUAUCAGAGUUGAACCUUCCAAGCUCGUGUACGAUAACGUUUCCUAAUGGCAAAGAUGAUUUGAUGAACUUUGAAGUCUCCAUUAAACCUGAUGAUGGUUACUACCAUAAUGGUACAUUUGUUUUCACGUUCCAAGUCUCUCCUGUGUAUCCACAUGAAGCUCCUAAAGUUAAAUGCAAAACCAAGGUUUAUCAUCCCAAUAUCGAUUUGGAAGGAAACGUUUGCCUCAACAUCUUGCGUGAAGACUGGAAACCAGUUCUCAACAUCAACACUGUUAUCUAUGGACUCUUCCAUCUUUUCACGGAACCCAAUUCUGAAGAUCCAUUGAACCAUGAUGCAGCACAAGUUUUAAGGGACAACCCUAAGCUAUUUGAGACCAAUGUCCGGAGGGCCAUGACCGGUGGAUAUGUUGGUCAAACCUUUUUCCCGCGCUGUAUCUAAAACUGAAAGCUCUGGUUUGUCUUCUUCGUGCAAAAAGAGAAGAACCAAAAACCCUUUUUAUCUGCUUAUUGUAUUUCUCAAAGAACCCUUGUUUUUGUAAGACUACCUUGUGCGUAUGAAAACCCUUUCCCCCCGUAGCUCAUUAUCUUUCUGAAACUUUUAGCUCGUGAGAGUUGGACAAAGGAACUGAGAACUCUAAAAAUGUGGAUUGUGUGUAACAUGCUUGAUCUUUUGUCUAAUAUUUAUGGUUCUCCUCAAAUUCAGUUUGA